UUCUUUCCUCAUAACAACAUCUCAAGAUAAUAUUUUUUUACUUACACACAACAAAAAUGGCUCCUCAAACAGAAUUCGUUUCAAAAACUCAACACUACUUGAAAGUGAAAAAACCCAUGUUGGAACGUCAGCGUCGUGCACGCAUGAACAAGUGCUUAGAUACUCUUAAAGAAUUGAUUGCUGAAUUUCAAGGCAACGAUGCCAUUUUACGCAUGGACAAAGCUGAGAUGCUGGAAUCUGCUUUGGAAUUUAUGAAAGUUGAAUGCAAAAAACCCAUACAACCCAUUUCAAAAAUUGCUGUUGCACCCAUGGAUUCCUUCCGUAAUGGCUAUAUGAAUGCUGUCAAUGAAGUAUCACGUGUUAUGGCUGGUACUCCCGGUAUGAGCGUCAAUAUGGGCAAAGCUGUUAUGACUCAUUUGGGCUCAGAAUUCAAUCGUCUUUUGCAUACACAACAAUUGCCUCAAAUCAAUACACAACUACCCAGCUCAAACUCAUCAGUUAGCAGCAAAGCUCCUUUAAGUCCAGCUUCUUCUGGUUACUGCAGUGAUUCUGAAGAUCGCCAAUCAGUAGCUUCACCCGCUGUCAAUCAAACUAUGUGGCGUCCUUGGUAAUUCUUCAAUGUCUUCGUAAUAACUAUACAAUUUUAGUUAGUUAAUUGUAACUUCAGCUUUAAUCGAUGCACAAUCAUCGUCUUCCUAACUACAACUCUUUAUGGGUUACUCCUGUGAUAGAUCAGCUUUAUAAUGAUAGGUUAUAUUUUAUUAUAUUUAAGUUUAUAAAUAAGUUUUAAGUAAUUUGUAAUUGUUUGUAAUUCAAAAGAAAACUAAUUGAAAAGCUUUAUAUUGUUAAUAAUUUAAGUAGA